CGUUGUUCUGCUUCUGAGAUCAAUCCACGUAAUAUUUUAAAGAUUUCUGUUUCGUUUGAUAGAGUGUGACUCUUUUCGUUUCGAAAAUGGUUUCGUGUGCUGCCAUUAUCAUUUUAACAAUUGGAAUACUUGUGGCAGGCGCUGGUGCCUUUUUGAGAUAUUGGCUUUUCCCAUUGUUAGUCGAGCAACAAGUUACUAAAUCGGUGAAGUUAAUCGCAGGGACAGACGCUUAUGAAAGAUGGGAAGAAUUACCAAUACCCAUUAUUUUUAAGGUAUAUUUCUUCAAUGUGUCAAAUCCCGAAGAAGUACAUGAAGGAGGAACACCGAACGUUACGGAAAUUGGACCAUAUAUAUACAAUCAAUAUAGAUCUAAGGUAAACAUCACUCAAGACAAUUCUGAUGUACUUUCUUAUUACCAAAAUGCAAUUUAUGAAUUUGAUGAAAAUGCCUCAUAUCCUCUGACUGAACACGAUAGUAUAACCAUUGUUAAUUUACCUCUGAUGUCUGUAAUUACUGUUGCGGAACACACGGCCGGUUCCUCGUACAGCCAAUUAACAGCUUUAAAUUCAGCCGUUAAUACAAUCUUCAGUAAUCCUAGUAACGUUUUCAUAGAAACGACACCAAGGGAUUUUUUAUUUGAUGGAAUUUACCUAAUGUGCAAUACAUCUUUUCUUUCAAUCAUUACAAGAACGGUUUGCAAUCGUAUUGAAGAGAAUGCACCUGUAACGAUGCCAAGACUGAGUGAUGGACGCUUUAGAUUUUCUUUAUUUGAUCAUAAAAACAACAGUAACGAUGGCCGAUAUUCUAUAAACAGUGGAGUCGACAAUGUAUCCCUGCUUGGUGAAAUUCUUUCCUGGGAAAAUUCCACCAUGGUGGACACCUGGAGAGAGAAUAGCACAUGUAACAAUAUAUACGGAUCUGAUUCAACUAUCUUUCCACCAUUUCGGACUCCUGAAUCCGAUGUGAACAUCUUUAAUACGGAUAUAUGUCGUACGGUUCGCUUGGAAUAUAUGGAGGAUUCUACAUUGUCUGGUAUAAUUGGACACAGAUACGUCAGUGAAGAACGUAUGUUAGCAUCGCCCACAAAAAAUCCGGAUAACGAGUGCUUCUGUUUGAACAAAACAAAAGGUAUUCGUGGGGAUGAUGGAUGCUUGUUGGAUGGCACGAUAGAACUUUGGGAUUGUCAAGGAGCGCCUAUAGUAUUGUCGCUACCACAUUUUCUUCUUGCGGACGGACAAUACCAAAGUGGUGUUAAUGGACUGAAUCCGAAUGUUUCUCUUCAUCGAAUAUUCAUUGAUUUGGAGCCCUACACCGGAAUGCCGCUGCGUGGAAGCAAGCGGGUCCAAUUCAAUAUUUUUUUAAGAACAGUUAAUAGAAUUGCAUUGACAGCAAACUUGAAUACAGUUCUUAUGCCAAUUUUUUGGAUCGAUGAGGGCAUGGAAUUGAAUGACGAACUUAUUGAAGAGCUGCAAACAAGUUUAUUUGAUGUGUUACGAACAUUAACAAUUAUCCAAUGCGGUUUUAUUAUCGGGGGGUCCGCACUGGCUGCCCUGGGUAUUUCUUGGCUUUUAGUGUCCUGCUGUUUAUUAUAAACCCCGAGAACGUGACUUUGAAUUAAAAAAAUGAUGAUUCAUUGGUCCAGUCAAAUUUAUUCUGUCUCAUAUUGUUUAAAAUUGUGUGGCAACGUCUCUUAUUAGAUAUCAUUACUUUUAUUAUUAAUUAGGAUUCGAGUGGAUUGCACAGCACAGGAUUGUGUUACUAGCGUAAACGUCCCUCACGUAGACUCUAUUUGCUUUCAUUUGACUACUGGCACACCCAGUAUAUAUAUAGUAUAUCAUUUACUGUAGUAUAUUCGUAUCUAACUAUUAUGAGGUACUAUUAACUUAUUAACUAUUAGCUGUACAUUAGUGCCCCGAUUAGUGUCACUGAUGGUGUACAUUUUUUUAUUGCGUUAGUAGAGAAUGGAAAUAUACAACCUAUUAACGCGAAGCGUGUCUGAUCAAUAAUUUAAAGUGAUAUAGAUGGUAAACAUUUUUCAAAUAUGUUUUAUGGCGUCAUUUUAACAGUUAUAAGAAUUUCUAAAUAUGGAUGAAUUUGUAUACGAUGCAGGUUUUCUUCCUUAUUAGAUUUUCUUCAAUAGUGAGUUCGUUAGUACCUAGCUGUAAUCAUCCAAUUAUAUCUAUUUAAUUAUGGCAAACGUCUUCUUAUAUUAGUAUUCUAAAACUCAUUGCUCUGCUCACUACAGAUUUGGUUGUCUUACUCAAGGUCUUACAUACAAGUCUUGAAACGAACGUGGUGGGGGUAGGUCGCUUAGUGAAGCAAUUCCGCAUAGAGUCGCUGUGAUCGGAUAACCGCAUUGAUGAGAGUCGCGGGGGGCCGGGAGGAUCACUCCAUCUCUGUCCU